AAUUACAAAUUCUGAAUGCAGUCAGAGGAUCCUGGGAAGCAGAGUGUCUGGACGGAGGCUGAGCUGGGUCUCUGUACUCAUUUCUGACUUUAGGGUGAAGAUGGAGGGAAUCUGAUAAAGACAUCUUAUAAAUUCAACAGACACAAAAUAAUUUGAUCUCCAAUAAGCAACUGUGAAAUUAUAAUAACAGAUCCUGGGAAGUUCUACAAUCCUGAUUUAGUUUUUUCAAAGGGGGACAUGGCAAAGAUGUUCAGUGUCAUCCUUGUUGUCUCCGCUCUCAUAAUGGGGGAAAGUUCGGCGCUCGAGGACUGUGCCCAGGAGCAGGUUCGGCUCAGAGCCCAGGUGCGCCUGCUUGAGACCCGGGUCAAACAGCAACAGGUCAAGAUCAAACAGCUUUUGCAGGAGAACGAAGUCCAGUUUCUUGAUAAAGGGGAGGAGAAUAGUGUCAUUGAUCUUGGAAGCAAGAGGCAGUAUGCAGAUUGUUCAGAGAUUUUCAAUGAUGGGUAUAAGCUCAGUGGAUUUUACAAAAUCAAACCUCUUCAGAGCCCAGCAGAAUUUUCUGUUUAUUGCGACAUGUCUGAUGGAGGAGGAUGGACUGUAAUUCAGAGACGAUCUGAUGGCAGCGAGAACUUUAACAGAGGAUGGAAUGACUAUGAAAAUGGCUUUGGAAAUUUUGUCCAAAAACAUGGUGAAUAUUGGCUGGGCAAUAAAAAUCUUCACUUCUUGACCACUCAAGAAGACUACACUUUAAAAAUCGACCUUGCAGAUUUUGAAAAAAAUAGCCGUUAUGCACAAUAUAAGAAUUUCAAAGUUGGAGAUGAAAAGAAUUUCUAUGAGUUGAAUAUUGGGGAAUAUUCUGGAACAGCUGGAGAUUCCCUUGCGGGGAGUUUUCAUCCUGAGGUGCAGUGGUGGGCUAGUCACCAAAGAAUGAAAUUCAGCACGUGGGACAGAGAUCAUGACAACUAUGACGGAAACUGCGCAGAAGAAGAUCAGUCUGGCUGGUGGUUUAACAGGUGUCACUCUGCAAACCUGAAUGGUUUAUACUACAGCGGCCCCUACACGGCUAAAACAGACAAUGGGAUUGUCUGGUACACCUGGCAUGGGUGGUGGUAUUCUCUGAAAUCUGUGGUUAUGAAAAUUAGGCCAAAUGAUUUUAUUCCAAAUGUCAUUUAAUUGUUGCUGUUGGGCUUUCAUUUCUGCAGUUCAGCUUUGUUUAAAGUGAUUUGAAAAAUACUCAUUCUGAACAUACCAUGCGCAAUCAUGAUAACUGUUGUGAGUACUGCUUUUCAUUCUUCUCGCUUGCCUUUGUUACUUAAUGUACUUUCAGUACAGCAGAUAUGCUAUAUUCACCAAAUAAACGUAGAUUGUAUUAAUA